CUCCGAGUCGUCGUACGGUGGCGGUGGUUCCAACAUGGCGGAGGGCUCCGGCGAUGACGGGGACGACCGGCUGAAUCCCCUGCUGCAGAGCAAUCCUAUAGAGUCAGCCCAUGACGAUGAAUCUGAGACCGGCUUCGCACUGGUCGCAGAAACCACAUUCCUUCACGAAGUCAGGGGGCACUCCAACGCUAAACUCCGCGAGGUCAUCCAGUCCUCCGACGAAAAAGGAGGAAAACCCACCUGGGAGAUAUUCCGGUCGGACACGACCACACACAACAUCAUUGACCUCGACGGCAAAGCGCAAAGCUGGCUCAACGUCAGCUCCCACGCGGAGGAACGCGCCAUUCCGUCUGUGAAACCCGUCCCUCCAGAACACGGGAAGAGCACACGUAUGAUUGGUUCCCGUCCGCAGACCCCAGCCAAUGACGUGCGAGGGCCAGGAGAAGCUUUAGCCACAGUGGCAAGAAAAGAAGGGGAAGUGAUCGUCGUCGGUUCCCAGGAAAGGAAGUAUCGACUCGUGGCUGGACCUCCCGGCCCGGGAUGCGCCGGCCGAGAGGGCGACUUCGGCUUCCCCGGCGACAAGGGUUCCCAGGGGUAUCCAGGCCUGGAGGGGCGGAGAGGGGAACCAGGGCCACCCGGGCCCCCAGGACUGCCCAUCCUGUAUCUCGGCAGAAACACUAAAGACGACCGGGCCGCUUUCUCUAACUCCUACUUCUACCAUCUGCUGCGAGCCGGUUGGCCGACGGUACCGGGGGACCCCGGGGCCAUCGGGGAGACGGGGCGACCAGGGCCUCCCGGCCAGCGGGGGUCAAAGGGGGAGACUGCUACGAUGGGGGAGCCGGGCGAGGAGGGUCUGUCGGGCAAGAGGGGUGUUCAGGGUCUCCCUGGGGCGACCGGACCACAGGGAGAAGAAGGAGACGAGGGUUUACAUGUACAUCUGAUCGUAUCGGUGAUAAGGCAUCCUUUUGUUUUCUCCCUGAAUCUUCAGGGUGCUCCCGGGGUCACGGGAGUGAUCGGACCACAGGGGGUCAACGGCUCUGAAGGAGAUCCAGGGCCGUCAGGUCCCCGGGGACGUAGGGGCCCUCAGGGCCCCCCGGGGUCAAUGGGUGGGUUGGGCCCUGCCGGGCCCAGAGGGCCCCUGGGUCAGCCUGGAAUCAGUGGCCCUCCAGGUCUAAAGGGUGUUGCAGGUGGACCUGGACCAAUAGGAAGAAAAGGAUUGCCUGGUUUUGAAGGUGACAUGAAGUAG